GAGGGAGAAUUUUUUUUUUCUUUGUUUUUGUUUUUGUUUUUGUUUUUGUUUUUGGUCUCCUCCUCAAAUGGAAGAGAACGAGAAUGAGAACGAUGAUAGGAUCGGAGGAGGAGGAGGAGGAGGAGGAGGAGGAGGAAAUAAUGAUCUAUUUUGUUGUUGUUUAAGUUUGUUUCAAGCGUUAUGCUGGGGUGAUUCGUCGUCGUCGUUGUCGCCGGGAGCUCCUCGAGAUCCGGAGGUCGAAAUCAGGACGACGACGUCGACGAUGGAGGUCGGCUCCAGCGCGGGGUUGCUUCAGAAAUUCCUGCUGUACGAGGCGCGAUCGAAGUACUAUUUGGUUGGAAGAAACAAGAACAAAACAUUAUGGAGAGUUCUAGAGAUUGAUAGGUGGGAUUUAUCAAAUUUGAGCAUCUGUGAGGAUCCUAGAUUGUACUCGAAACGCGAAUUUCAUGACUUGAUGGAGCAAAAACAUGCUGAGAAUCAGCCAAAUGGAGGGUUCAAGUUGGUCACCAAAUGCUACGGAAUUGUCGGUUUUAUCAAGUUUCUUGGUCCAUACUACAUGUUGCUCAUUACUAAGAGAAGGAAAAUCGGUACGAUUUGUGGCCAUGCGGUAUUUGCCAUCUCCAAGAGCGAAAUUAUCACUGUUCAAAAUCCUGUCUUGUGGUCCACUAUGCCUAAUUCUAAGGAUGAGAACAGCCGCUAUAUCUUCUCGGAAGCCUCAACAGCAGAGCAGUUGGCUACUUCUAAUGUACUGAGAUACAAGAGGCUCCUAUGCACAAUCGAUCUUACAAAAGGCUUCUUCUUUAGCUACUCAUACGACAUCAUGCAUAGUCUCGAGAAGAACCUAUCCAAAGGGGAAACCGGGCAAGUUUUUAAUGACUCAAUGUUUGUUUGGAAUGAGUUUUUGACGAGUGGGAUACGAAAUCAUCUCAAAAAUACUACUUGGACAGUUUCCUUAGUGUAUGGUUUUUUCAAACAGUCCAGGCUUCCAGUAUCAGGGAAACAUUUUAUGUUCACACUCAUUGCUAGGCGCUCCCGCUAUUUUGCCGGAACCAGGUACCUGAAACGUGGUGUUAAUGAGAAGGGUAGAGUAGCCAAUGAUGUGGAGACAGAACAGAUUGUUUUUGAAGACAAAGUUGGAGAAAUUCCACCACAGAUAACCUCUGUCGUACAAAAUAGGGGUUCAAUUCCCCUUUAUUGGUCCCAAGAAACUUCAGCUCAUAUAUUUAGGCAAAACAUUAUUAUACAUGGGAAGGAUCCGAAUUACAAUGCAACCCAACGCCAUUUUGAUGAUCUUGCAAAGAGAUAUGGAAAACCAAUAACAAUAUUGGAUUUAAAUAAGAGAAUUGAGAAGAAGCCCCGUGAAUCCCUGCUCUCUACAGAAUAUGAAUGUGCAGUUUGUUACCUAAACAAUAAUUCAUCAGAGGAGGAUCGUUUGAAAUUCUUGCAGUGGGAUCUGAAUAUGCAUUACAAAAAAGAGCGUAGAGACGUGCUGGAAUCACUGGGCAAAGUGGUGGCAGAUCCGUUGGAUCGAAUGGGCUUCUUUUAUUGUCAGAUAAACCCAAAUUCAAGAACUCAGAAUGUAUUAAGGGAAGAUACGGUAGAGAACUUUGGUACGCAUGAGGAACAUGCUCUUGAGAACAAAGUCAUAACUAAUGGAAAUUAUCUGGUCAAACCACUUAAGUUUCAAAGAGGGGUCCUCAGGACAAAUUGCAUUGACUGCUUGGACCGCACAAAUGUUGCACAGUAUGCCUAUGGAUUAGCUGCUCUUGGGCGUCAGCUCCAUGUUUUGAAACUGCUGGAUGUCCCAAAUAUUGGUUUAGAUUCUCCUUUGGCUCGUUAUCUGAUGGAUUUCUAUCAGGGGAUGGGUGACGCGCUUGCUUUACAGUAUGUUGGUUCUUCUGCUCACAACAAGAUAUUCGCUUCACGGAAAGAUCAAUGUCCACUAAUAACAAAGUAUUGCGGGUUAAUCCGAAAUUUUGAACGAUAUUAUAGCAAUGCCUUCACAGAUGGUGCAAAACAGGAUGCUAUAAAUUUGUUCUUGGGGUACUUCCGACCCCAACAGGGUAAACCAGCACUUUGGCCGCUGGAUUCGGAUCAACUCUACAAUAUCAGGAGGCAAGGACAUGCCUUUACUGACGAAAAUGGGAGAUCAUCUAUGAAAAGGGCCGUAUCAGAGGGCAAUAUUCGAUGUGAAAGCAGCAUUCCUCUAUCCAUCUCUAAUGUUGGACAAACAGAACUUCACAACUCAUUACUGCCUCAAAGAAUGAAUCAACCUCUAGAUGUCACUAGGCGUUCUAAGUCUGCAUCAGAAAGCGACAGCUCGCAUGGCUGGUCAUCUGACGAGAUCCCAGGAGAAAACACAAUGUGGGAAGAUAGAGGUCUAGAUCCAAAUGGAAGUUCUUUUGCACCUGUCUGGGAUACUCGAGAAAAAGAAAUCAGCAACCGGGCAGUGCCUUCAAUUAUGACAGAAUCUGAAGAUAUCAAAGAGCCUUUAUCCAAACCUGAAAUUUCUACUGUGGAAAGUGUCAUACAUGGGAGCAGGUCAUCUACCAACUGGAUCCACAAACAAGAAGCUACAUGUGACGGUAGCAUACGUGAGGUUAUAUGUGAUGCUGGAGAAAAAGAAAUCAUCAACUCAGCAGUGCCUGAAAUGAUGGAAUCUGAAUACAUCAGAGAUUCUCUUGGUUCAACACCAGAAAUUUCGAUGACGGAAAGUGCCUUGUAUGAGAGGCAUUUUUCUCCAUACAGCCCGGAUAAUUAUGAAAUAAAGGAGCAAAGGACUGAUAAAUCAAACUUUCAGGACCUUGAUUGGUCUUCUGAGAGCUCAUCCAAUGAGGAAACUUUGGAUAGGCAUGCUUUUCCCGAUAGUUCGUAUAGGAUUUCAAGUGAAGCAGAGUUUCGUAAAUCAAAUUUUGUGGAUCUCAGGUGGCUUACAUCUGGGAAUUCUUCAGAGGAGGAAAAUAGUGCAAGGGAAGAGACCGAUGUGGAUGAGUAGAAUUCUCCCUCUAUACGUUGUUCAAAGUUCCAAUAUUGCGUGUCUUUGGACGGUCACAUGGUUUUAUCAGAAUCUUCAAUUUGAAAGGGCAACUGAAGGGGACAGUAACUGUGGAGAAUACAUGACAGCGGCUGCACAGAUAAGCACUUUAACUCAGUAGGAUCUCUUUACUCUUCUUGAGCUUUCUUUAGGGAAGUUAUAUUCUGUUUCAAUUGAAGUUUCCUGUUUCUACAUACGUUUGUACACGCACGACUCGGCCGUUUGGUUUUAAAUAAAAGGUUGGGUAAAAAUGUACAGGGACCAUAUCUACUUUUUAGGUCAUUUUGAAUUAGACACCGUAGUUAUUUUUUAAAAAGAUAUUUAUUGGCACCUCUUCAACCUUUGAAUCUGAUUCAUUUAAAUCAUUUUUACCAAUUAAACUGGAGAUUCUAUUCCAAUAGUUAUGCGAUCAAAAUUAACUGCUGUAGUGCUCUUCUUUAGAUGUUGAUAGAACUGCAGAAUUUAUUAGUUAUUGAUGGCUGAUUACUAGUGGAUCCAUUUAAGUUUAAAAUAUUAUCAAAUCAAAUCAGGAAAAUAACUUAAAUAAAAUAAUUAUAGUUGAAAGGGUGUCAAUCGAAAAACAAAAAAGAAAUGAAAAGCUUAUUUCAAAAUGGCUUACAGUUCAGUGGUCCCCCUACAUUUUAAUCCAAACCAAGUUGCUACAUAUGAUGAUGUAUUUUCGGGAGCGUUUAGAAAUUGCGGUGAUAGAAAUACUUAACGCUGUAGGAAUUUCUUCUUCUUGCCCUUUUUUUUUUUUUUUUUUUAAUUCAGUUCUCUAUGUUGGGUGGUGCCCUAGUUUCCAUAUACUCAAUUUUUGGUUUAUGUUAGCUGUAAAUAGUAAAAUUUAGAGAUCGAAAGUAUGCAACAACGACAAUUUUUUUCCUGAUUGUUUACAAUCGGAAACUAUAUCUGUAGAAUUUGUAUGUGAGACGGUUAGAUUGCAUAAAAAAAAAGUAGAAAUUUACUUCUUUUUUUUUUUUU